GCCUCCCGCCUUAUAUCCUCUAGUCCGUCCCUCUGUUCAUUGGUCGGUGGGUUCGCGGAUCUGCUGGCGACUCUUGGACUGUGGGCACUUUGUGAGAGAAGACUCCAGACUUAUGGCGGCGGCGGUUCUGUCCGGCCUGGCGGCGUGGCUGUCGCGCUCGGCCGCGAUCCGCGCCAUCUACGGCGCCUUCUGCAAGCGGCUGACUCGCACGCUGCUCACCCUCUUCAACCUGGCCUGGCGGACGCGCGUGCACUUCCCCAACGUCUUAAUCGUGGUCGGCUUGAUACUCAACGUGUGCAUGCAGGUACUGCUAACUUUGUGGAAUUUGGGGAUUCCCCCGGCAGGAUGACUGACUUUCACUCCCCAGCUCACCCACUUGAGAGCAAAGCGGCUAGCCCCGCUCGCGUGCGCCAGUCGGCAUUUGCGCUGCCUCGUCUCUAAAUGGGCUGCUAAAAAGCAUCCUUUGCGAAAAGCAUGCAGUGUGACCGAAAAAGCCUAAGAUAAAACGAAAUCUUGACUCCCAAGGAAGUAGGUAAGUCACAGAACAUAAAAGAACUUAAAAAUCUGGAAAUCCUCAGAAAUGUUUAAGAACUUAUUGCAUCCGUAAAAAGCAAAAGCAGCACAAACUUUAAGAAAUGACAAAGGGCACAGGAUGCAUUUUUUGAAAGGAAAAGCAAGUAAAAACUUAAGGAAAGGUUAACUGUACAAGAAUGGCCCAAAUGGGAGGCAAAUAUUCCAAAUUAGAAUAGAAAGUGAGUACAGGUCAAACAGAAUGGAAUGGAUUCGAAGCAAUAGAUGGAUUGAGUAAGACGCUGGAGGAAAUUUAAUAACAUGAUGUGGAAGGCAUCCAUUUCUUCAGCCCAAAGAAAAAAACAAUGAGAAACAGAAACUACAGGGAAAAACAAAUAUUUCAAACUGUACAAGAAAAGCAUGCUUCAAAUAUGAAGCGACCUCAGAUGUGGCCUGGUUUUGAACAGUUGCUGGGAGUGUGAGAAAAGGAAUCUGUUUGAGCAUUGGUACGUGGAUCACGAAUCGAGUCAUAGACGAAAAAAACCCAAUCAUAGAAAUUAACUUUGCUAUUCAUAAUAACCAUAAUAAAGUAAAUCUUGAUUAUGGUUUUUAGAGUCAAUUUCCAGACAAAGCAGGGAAGACUUAGUUAUGGUUACAGAAUAGAAUGGAAGGAAAUGUUAUCAACAUUGACAAUGUCCAGAUAGAGUCGACAGGUUGGAAGGCAGGGGGGAGGAAAUGUAAAUAGAUAGUGCUAUUAUCCUCAUUAAAUAGAAACUCAAGAUACUACCUACAAACAGUUGAGGAAAAAAGAUAGAGGUUCAAGUAUUAGAUUAUUAAAAGUGAGUAAGGGGGCCAACAGAAGAGGUUAAAAAUAGUGAUACAACCAAACUGAGGGGGGAAGAGAGCAGAGGAGAUAGUAGGGAAGCCAGCAGAAAAUGCCUCAAGUCAUAAGUCAAGAAAUAGUAAUAAAAGCAUAUUAUCAAGAAAAAUGGAGGUAACCACUACAUAGACAUACAGAAAAGUUUUUGCCUCUGGGUUGGGGAACUGGGAAUUAAGGAUGGGCAGAGAUUUCUUGUUUUUCAAUUAUAAGCCCUUUUGUACUAUUUGAGUGUUUAAAACUACAUGCAUGUGAUUAAAAAUUAAAACUUAAAUAUAUAUUAACAAUGAAUUUGCCGCAGUCAGAAGGAAAUUGGGGAGGGGAGUUUGAGGGUGGUUUUGGAGGCCAGGUAGAUGCUGAGUUAAAACACCUGUUCUGCGGUAUUGUUAUGUAUAUCCUGAAUGAUCAUGCAAAAUAAGAUUUCCUGGUGUUCCAAACCGCCAGGAAAUGCUUUAAAGCUAAAAAUGGCCAAUAGUCUUCAGAUAGA